ACAGUCGAAAAAAUACCAUUUUACAAAUUUCAAAACGUGUUAAACGUCAUUCCUCUUCCACGUCUUUCGCUAAAAGCAACGUCGGUAUAUUCCAGUGACGCGAUAAUGUUACUGGUAUGUUGGUGCAAACAUAACACGCAGUUGUGAAAUAAAUUAUCUCAUUUCCAUAAAAAGAGAGGAAAAUGAAGAAAAACAAAAUCUGGUCGAGUAGACCCCACCCAUAUAUUUUUCUUUGCUUUUACUCACUUCGCUUUGGUAAUUUCUUGGACGCUUAAUUCGCAGUUAUAAAUACGAAAUUAUUUUCUUUUUUUGUAUCUUUGUUCUAUCUUCUAAAAAUUCCUAAUGAAAUUUAUCCAAGAAGAUAAAAUUUCGGAUUCUGUCUUCGACUUUUUUGAUCCCCUAUAUCUCAAAAUCUGCAAAAAAUACAAUUUCACAAAUCGUCCCAUAACACAUCUACAUGUUAUACCAUCCACUCAUUAGACACUGUACGUUCAAUACGUUCAAAUUUUAUAUCGAUAUAUUAAAUUUAUUAUAUAUAUUAAAUCUCUAUAAAUUUAAUAGCCUCUUGCACGAUUAAGCAAAUAUUAUUAAUGGAAUUUUACGAGUCACGAAUUAUAAAUUAUCCAUGUUGAUAAAUUUUCUUACAGAUAUAACGAUAACGAACGCGGUAACGAUAACAGGUCAAAUGAAAUUUAACGAACAAUUUCUGCGGACUACAAAUCGUCCGAUUAUCCUAUUCAACAUGAAACUAUAAAAUUAUAAAAGCUAAGUACUAAGAAUGUUUCUUCUUCUGUGCUUGCCCUUGGUGGUAGCGGUGCCACUGAAUCCAACCCUAGAGGGGUACAACUUGGAACUGGUAGAUGGAAUCCUGAAAGACGUACAAUUCCGUGACAAACUCAUCGACGAGCUGGAUUUAUCCGGCUUAGGAAUUCGCCGCUUAGAAAAGAACGCUUUCGACAACGUACCGUCUCUAAAAUCCUUGAACUUGGCCAAUAACUCGAUCGAAUCGCUUCCAGAAUUCAUGUUCUCCAAUCUGACAAACUUAGAAUACUUAUCCUUAGCGCAGAACAACUUAACCAGCCUUGAAAACUUGUUCAUUCGCUUGGAGAAGCUUCAGGUGUUGAACAUUUCCUGCAAUCCCAUAAUACACCUUCGUAGAGGACAUUUGUUCGGUCUAACGAAAUCCACCAGCAUAUUAACUGAAGGAAACGUUCUUUGGAGCAUAAGCACGGGAACAUUCACGAAUUCGUUCCUGAAAGACGACGAAGAGUUGAAAUACUUGGAGAAGGUGAAGGCUGAAGAAUAUAUCGAACAGCCCAACGAUGGAAUAGAAAAAGAGAUAGAAAAGGCGACAGAGAGUAACGUGUUGAAGGAUUUCGCGCCAUCCACGAAAUCGUCGAUAAAGAAAGGCCAGAAGUUAAAACUGUGCAUACCAAAUAACAUACUGCUAUCUAUAGAACCGCUCGAAGACAAUAAACAGGUGGCGAAUGGAUGUCUGGAGAUACCAGUGAACGAGAAAGAAAGAUCUGUCAGCCUCCGAGGAUUAGGAAUCAAAGGAUUCCACGAGAAAUGGUACCAAUUACAAUACCUUCCGUUAGUUUCUUUGGACCUUGCGAACAACGAGAUCACAGAAAUCACCAAAGAAUUACUAAACGAUCUUCCCGAGGAUCUGAUUUAUGUGAAUCUGAUGGGCAACAGGAUCAGAGGUAUCUGGAGCCAGGUGAUCGAAAACAAGUACCUAAAAAUAUUGAAUCUUCGAAACAAUCUCAUAGACAAAGUGGAGGAUGAUGCUUUCGCGAAAACCAAUUUGACUACCCUGUUUCUUAAUGGAAAUCAGCUGGAGAACCUUUCGUUCGCUUCUAGUUUGCCCGAUACUCUGACAGAGCUGAUAUUAGCGGCAAACCAGAUCUCUGCCAUUCCUGACGCGGCUUUCUCGAAUCUGCCUCGCCUGGUCUACCUGAACCUGGCUAACAACAAGAUUCAGAAACUACAGAACAACGUAUUUAAAGGGUUGGAUUCGUUGCAAGUGUUGAUUAUUACUAAAAACAGCCUGACAGAUAUCGAACGUCAGGCGUUCUCCGAUUUGAAACAGUUGACUACUCUUUAUCUUCAUCGAAAUAGUCUGGCAGAGCUUCAGAAGGGUACGUUCUCGGAAUUGGAGAGUCUGAAAGAUUUGAACCUGGCUUGGAAUAAACUGGGUAAGAUCACUGCCGACACUUUUGCGGAUCUACCGCAGACUUUGGACUUCCUUCACAUCGAUUUCAACGAAAUAAACAGCCUAGAAAAGGCUAGCUUCGUCAAUGUUCCCAGAUUUACGUUGUCUCUCACUGGAAAUAAAAUCUCGAGUAUCCCAAAAGGUACCUUCGAUCUACCUACACUUAGAGAUUUGUAUCUGAGUAACAAUACCUUGACGACUAUCGAUGGCGACAGUUACGAAGGUCUGCCUCAAUUGAAACGCCUUUGGUUAAAUGAGAAUCAAAUCAACGAAAUACCGAAAGGUUCCUGCAAGAACUUAGGAAGUUUGAGUAUUCUGGAUAUCUCGAAGAAUCCGCUGCAGACGCUACAAAACGGCGCUCUUUAUGGACUGAGUUUGGUUAGAGGGAACUUCUUGUAUAUCUACAAUAACCAACUGAAGGAACUGCAGGGUGGAGUUUUCGAAGAUAUUUAAACGGACAGAUACAACGACUCGUGCACUUACUUACGUUUGUUUUUAUCAUUUAUAUAGAUUUAACAUAUACGGAGAUAUUAGGUUUGGGAUAUUAUUUUUAUUCGUUGAGACGAAAGAAUUCUUUGUUUCGAAUCGUUUCUUUUUUUCUAAUAGUUUCUGAUAGUCGGUAGUUUUGAGCAUUUUUAUCGAGUUUCUCAUAUCUAUGUUAUCGAUGGUUCGCAAUCGAACAUAGCUUCAUGUAUUUGUAACUAUCGGAAUGUGAUAUGAAUGUUUCCUUAGAAUACCUUCCUCAGAAUCCUUAGAACAGGAAAGUUUGUAAAAGAAAUAAACGAAUAGAAGAAUACGAAGGUCGUAUUAUUUUUAAAUAAAUUUCCCUCCACGUGUUCUAAGAACCUUCUGUAAUCUAAAUUCUUUCAAUUUUGUGAUUCGAAAGUAAGCGAAAGUUUGAAAAUUUAGGGAAAGAUGCGUAAAACAAAUUAAGAAAUAAGAUAAUUCAGAGAAACAUUGAAAUAGGAAAAUGAAGCAGAAAUUACUAUCAAUAAUAGCGAUCUCAAAUCGGCAAUAAGAUUUAUAUACUGGAAGAAUUCAAUAUUCUAAAAAUUCGCAGAAAAUUCAAUAUUCAUACUAUUCGACUAAAAGAUUCAACAUUUUUAACCAUUUGCAAUUUCCUAUUAGUAAUGUACAAUAAUAUUGGACUUCUCUAUUUUAACGAUUGCCAACUGUUACUAACUAUUUUGUUCAUGUUUAAACGACGCUCGAAAAUAUUUAGAAUACUCUCUGAGUGACUUAAAAAAAUACGAUGUAAAUAAAUAAUUUGCACUCUUA